UCCCUCUUUAAGAAAAAAAAAGGGGGGGGGAAUCUGUGGAGUCAGGGCUUCCCGAAUGCGAGACCUGGUGCCAAGCGCGCCCCCUUCAUUUGUUGCCCUUCUCGAAGCUCAUUUUCAUGACGUGGAAAAGCCUGAGCCAGGGCAACAAUAACACACACGCACACACGCACACACACACACGGAGAGAAAGGGAGAGAAGCCCGAGAUUCUCCGCCGUGAUUGAGCCUCCCUCCCUCGCCUGCUGCUGGUGCCCAGAGAAAGCAGCAGCAGCAGCACCGGAGCUGGGAGCCUGCAGCAGCCCCCCUAUUCCUCCUCCUCCAUUGAGUGUGCCAAGCAGCAGCUCUGCAUCCUAAAGAAGCUCAUUGAGGAGCUCAUUGCAUUCCCAGCACGUCUCAGGCUUGCUUGCUUUUUUUUUUCUCCCCCUUUUGCCUCAGCCUCAGCAGGAGUAGAGAGGGAGGGAGAGAGAGAGACAGCGAAAGAGAGAGAGAGAAGAGAGAGACAGAGAGAAAUCAGCAAUCCUUAAACUCAAGCUUUUCCCCCCCUUUUUUAAAAGAUGUGCUAAAAAUCUCUCCUGCAAACCGACUAGGACUAAAAGCAACGAAUCCCUCGGAGCAAUUGUAAUAGCUGUUUCAGUGGCUGGAAGAGGGCUGCAUCACCAUCACUGUUAUUACCAUCAUUAGCAGUUAUUAAUCCCCAUCCCCCUGAAAUAUCUGGAGAGAGGCAGGGGGAAACUGUCUUGGGGAGCUGCAUGGUAUUAGUACAGUAUUUGUUUCAUCUGCUUGGAGAAGAAUGGUGUCUUCUUUCGGAAACCUAUACAGUAGGAUAGAUCAUUUCUCAGCUGUUUUGUAAUCAGCCACACACGAUGAAACCUUCCACGGCAGAGACUCUCCAUAGGGGAAGGAUGUUGUGGAUAAUUCUUCUAAGCACAAUUGCUCUAGCAUGGACUACACCAAUUCCCUUGAUAGAGGACUCGGAGGAGAUCGACGAGCCCUGCUUUGAUCCAUGUUACUGUGAAGUGAAAGAGAGCCUUUUCCAUAUACAUUGCGACAAUAAAGGAUUUAUAAAUAUUAGUCAGAUAACGGAAUCGUGGUCAAGACCUUUUAAACUUUAUCUGCAGAGGAAUUCCAUGAGGAAAUUGUACACCAACAGUUUUCUUCACUUGAACAAUGCUGUGUCUAUUAACCUUGGGAACAAUGCACUGCAGGACAUUCAGACAGGAGCUUUCAAUGGGCUCCGAGUCCUGAAGAGGUUGUACCUCCACGAGAACAAAUUAGACAUUUUCAGAAAUGACACUUUCCUGGGUUUGGAAAGUCUGGAAUAUCUGCAGGCAGAUUACAAUGUCAUUAAACGGAUUGAAAGCGGGGCAUUUCGAAAUCUGAGCAAACUGAGGGUCCUGAUCUUAAACGACAACCUUAUUCCCAUGCUUCCUACCAACCUGUUCAAGUCUGUGUCCUUAACCCACUUGGACUUGCGGGGAAACAGGUUAAAAGUCCUUUCCUACCGAGGGAUGUUGGACCAUAUUGGCAGGAGCCUCAUGGAGAUCCAGCUGGAGGAGAACCCUUGGAACUGUACUUGUGAGAUAGUGCAGCUGAAGAGCUGGCUCGAGCGCAUCCCCUACACCGCCCUGGUGGGAGACAUCACCUGCGAGACCCCCUUCCACUUCCAUGGCAAGGACCUGAGGGAAAUCAAAAGGAGCAAACUCUGCCCCAUGCUGUCUGACUCGGAGGUGGAGGCCAGCCUGGGGAUUCCUCAGUUGUCAUCCAGCAAGGAGAACGCAUGGCCUACCAAGCCUUCCUCCAUGCUGUCCUCCUUCCAUUUCACUGCUUCCUCUGUCGAGUACAAAACCUCCAAUAAGCAGCCCAAGCCCACCAAGCAACCGCGGCCGCCCAAACCUCCCCCAACGUCCCGAGGCCUGUUCCCCGGGCCCAACCAGCCUCCCAUUGCCGCCUACCAGACGAGGCCUCCCAUCCCCAUCAUAUGCCCCACCGGGUGCUCCUGCAAUUUGCACAUCACCGAUUUGGGCCUGACGGUCAACUGCAAGGAGCGAGGGUUUCACAACAUCUCCGAGCUGCUGCCCAGGCCCCUGAACGCCAAGAAGCUGUACCUGAGCGGCAACCUGAUCCAGAAGAUCUACCGCUCGGAUUUCUGGAAUUUCUCCUCCUUGGAUCUCUUGCACCUGGGGAACAACCGGAUCUCCUACGUGCAGGACGGGGCCUUCAUCAACCUGCCCAACCUGAAGAGCCUCUACCUGAACGGCAACGACAUCGAGAGGCUGACGCCGGGCAUGUUCCGGGGCCUGCAGAGCUUGCAUUACCUGUACUUCGAGUACAACCUGAUCCGCGAGAUCCAGCCCGCCGCCUUCAGCCUCAUGCCCAACCUCAAGCUGCUCUUCCUCAACGACAACCUGCUGCGCACGCUGCCCACCGACGCCUUCGCGGGCACCUCGCUGGCCAGGCUCAACCUGCGCAACAACCACUUCCUCUACCUGCCCGUGGCCGGGGUGCUGGAGCACCUCAACGCCAUCGUGCAGAUCGACCUCAAGCUCAACCCCUGGGACUGCACGUGCGACCUGGUGCCGCUCAAGCAGUGGAUCGAGACCAUCAGCUCCGUGAUCGUGGUGGGCGACGUGCUGUGCGCCAGCCCGGACAACCUCACGCACCGCGACCUGCGCUCCGUGGAGCUGGACGCGCUGUGCCCCGACAUGCUGCCCGCCGCCGCCGCCGCCUCGCCCGCGCCGCCCGGCGCCCGGCCCAGCCCCAGCAGCGCGGCGGCGCGGGACCUGCCCGCGGCGGGGGGCGCCGUGCCGCUCUCCGUGCUCAUCCUCAGCCUGCUCGUGCUCUUCUUCUCCGCCGUCUUCGUGGCCGCGGGGCUCUUCGCCUUCGUGCUGCGCCGCCGCCGCAAGAAACUGCCCUUCCGCGGCAAGCGGCCGGAGGCGGCGGACCUGCCCAUGCAGUGCCACCGCAUCUUCGACGAGGGGGGCCGGCCGGGCGGCGGCGGGGGAGGCGGCGGGGGGGGAGGCGGCGGCGGCGGCGGCGGCGGGGGCGCGUCCCCGGAGAAGGCGCCCCCCGUGGGGCACGUCUACGACUACAUCCCGCACCCCGUCACCCAGAUGUGCAACAACCCCAUCUACAAGCCGCGCGAGGAGGAGGAGGCGGCGGGGGAGCCGGGCGGCGGCGGGGGCGAGCCCUUCGCCGACCCCGCGCAGGAGAACCACACCAACUACCGGACCUUGCUGGAGAAGGAGCAGGAGUGGAGCCUGGCCGUGUCCAGCUCCCAGCUCAACACCAUCGUGCCCGGCGGCGGCGGCCACCACCACCACCACCCCGCGGCGGGCGGCGGCCUGGAGCUGGAGCUGGCGCUGGCGCCGUCGGGCUUCCCCGCCGAGAAGAACGGGGGGCUGGUGCUGUUCCCGCCGGGCGGCGCCGGGCUGGACCGCGAGCGCCCGCCGCCGCCGCCCUGCGCCGUGGGCUUCGUGGACUGCCUCUACGGCACGGUGCCCAAGCUAAAGGAGCUGCACGUGCACCCCCCUGGCAUGCAAUACCCGGACCUGCAGCAGGACGCCAGGCUCAAGGAAACCCUUCUCUUCUCGGCUGGAAAGGGCUUCCCUGACCACCAAACCCCCAAAAGCGAAUACCUCGAGUUAAGGGCCAAACUCCAAACCAAGCCGGAUUACCUCGAAGUCCUGGAGAAGACCACCUAUAGGUUCUGAAACGAGUAGCUUUCCUCUCCCCCCCCCCGCCCCCCACCCCUGGCCCCCAGCCCAACCGCAUGAUGAUACUAGAGGAUACAGCUGUGUGCUCUCCCCCACCAGAGGCUGUGUUUGGAGGAAGGGCCAUCUCAGAUCAUUAAUCGAUGAAGUGCCUUCGCAGACUUUUGCCAGCAGAUGUUAAUCAAUCAUUAUUUUUUUAUACUGAAACUGAGACUUUGACUGUGCCAUGUCUAAGGUAUAUUAUUAUUCUUAAUUAUUAUAAUUAUUAUGAUGGGGGAUCUUUGUAUCGAUCCUAAUUAAGUAAAUUCUCUGUGUCUCUC